AUGGACUCUACGAAGAGACCUUCUGCAAAAUGCUCAAACGAUGCUUUUCGCAGAUGUUCUUCAAUUCUUUCUUUCGUUUCAAUUCUGCUGAUUGUGGCGCUGUUCGUGAGGAUGGAAACAAUAAACAGGAAAACGAAGAUGAACGAACUUCGCAUUUCAGAUGUUGAAAGUCACCUUAAGAUCGCCGUUCUGAUGAAAAGAGCAGGUAACGAGGGGAAACCGUCAAAGGGUAGGUAAACUUCUACUUGCAAAUCGAUGAUAAUUUGCUUUGAGAAAUUCGGUUUCAUUGCCUCCAGUAAUUUGGAGAGAUUUGGUUUCAUCUUAGCAAUACAGUAAUUCACAACAGAGAUUCGAAGAACGCAAUCUUUGUACUUAAUGAGAAACACUAAAUGCUAUUCUGAGUCAUUUCUUUCCAUGUUUUUGUGAUCUCACAAUGACUAUUGGCGCCUACCUGGAUGGAAGCUUAGCAUGGAUACACAUACAAUUCUUCAUCGACCAGGGGUGGAAGCUAAAUAAUGGGACCUUUAUUAUUCAUUAUUCAUCGUGUUUUUUUUUCGAAUUAUUUAUUACUCUUUUUAAAUUCUGUUUGGUAUUCAUUCUUCCCUAUUCCUUGAACGUAGGCAAGAUUUUUCCUUGUUAGACUCGAUUUCAGGUUUAAUUCAUGAUUAUACAUAUGAUUAAAAGUAUCACACUGUCGCACCAUGCUACACGCUACUGUCGCACCAUGCUACACGCUACUGCCACACCGUGCUAAACACGGCGACCUUUUUAUCAAACUAAGCUGGUGUUGUUUUUUCCGGUGCUAUGGUUAUUAUUAUCACGAUGUAUUUUUCGCUUUAACGGCAACUGGUUUCUUCCGCAAGCAACUCCAUCGUCGCACAUACUUUUCUUUCUCUAGUUCUUGGUGACAAAUCUAUACAAACAUAACCUGAAUGAAGUUUGGAAAAACCACAAAAUAGGCAAAAGAUAAAAAAAAAACAUCUGUAUGGAGCUUUUACAAGAUGUAGUGGGACUUUGUAGGUAAAAAAUAAAAGACUUAUCUCUAUUAACAAGCAUAAUGCCUGUGUUUGUGUUCUCUCGUUUAGAGCCCUUCCGACUGCUUCAAGAUGAUACUAAAGUUAAUGCAAAACUUUUCAUUACAAGAUAUCAAAUAAAUUUUCUCUUUCUGAUAUUCUUGAUGGAACUACGUAGCUCCAAAUGCAAUGUCAGUGGCUGUUUUUUGCAAACUUGAGUCGAGUCCAGACCUGUAAGCAUGUAGAUUGCAAAAUCUCUCAAAAGACGACAAAAAUAUAACUAUAAUAACUCUCUUGACAGGUAAAAUGGGCUAAGUCACGCAAUUCGAAGUAAUGUAACAAUCACGAGCAGGUGAAAAAAUCAACUGAAACAUUUCAACAACAGUUCAAAACGUCAAAAGAACGUCAGAAAAAAAGGCAAAAGCCGGAAACUGAAAAAAGACACGGGUGUUAAAAAUAGGAAAAGAUCAAAGCUGACUGUUAUCGAAGAUAAACUUAACAAACACUAGACCAAUGGUAGUCGGUCUAGUGUUUAGUGUCAAUGUUGAGUGUCCUCAAGAUGUCUGGUUAUAAAAUUAAAACAGCUGUAAGCGUGUUGCCGAACGUGUCGACCUGGUGCUGACAAACACACGUUUAGGAGGUUCCUCAGGCGAAUCCUCAUCGGCCACUUCUUCAUUUUUGACGCGUUCAUCGUCAGAGUCAAUGUCACUGUCAUCGCCACCUUUCAACAAUCGUUCAAUUCUAUCCGCUUCCCAUUGAGGGAGCUUAUAAGAUCUCAAUCCAGAGGAAUCGGUAAUGAUCUCGUCAAUACGCACACGGUUUAUAAUGGUGUACGGUGAGUUCUUAUCGUCUCGGUAAGCCUCAUAGAAAGGGCAAGGAAAAACCCCUACUGUUCUCUUCUAAGGUUAUGCUUUACAGCGAUCACUUCCUCUGACUUCAAAUAGGCCCCACAUUGCAGUAACGAUUGAUUAAAAGACAGCUCUCGGUCUUUCUUUUGUGCGUCAUUUUGGCCCUCCAUCAAAGCGAUUGUUUCAACAUUGGAAGAAGGCUCGCGUUCUUGUAAGGAAAACGAUAUGGCAUAACGACGAUGGCCAAAACUUGAUUAUCAAAGCAAUUCCUUUUUUGAGACAUAAAAUGGUGAUCGCGAUCCUUAUUGAUUCCGAGAAUCGUUAUGGACAACAUGGAACACAGACAGUGGUUCUCAGAAUGGAGUAGUUGUAUUAUAUUAUCGUAAUCCUCACUUCGUAAAGCGGACCCCAUUUUAGAUCCAAAAACUUGAUUUUUUCUUUGUUUUUCCAAACUGAUUUGGCCUGUUAGUAGCUUAAAAUAUUUUCAUUACCACUGCCGAGGUUAAUCAUUUCAGUGCAAAAAUAACAAAGGCAACUUUUGUGCGGAUAUAAUUUUUUUUGCAAAAAUGAGCAUGCUAUCUUUAUCGCUCUGCCAAAACCUCAGCUCGAGUAACGGUCUUUCUCGUUUCCUUUCAGCAAAGUGUAAACGAGCCGAACAUAAGAGACUUUUUUUGCGCUAUCAGGCGGCUUACCUUUCGCUCGCACACCAAUCCUGAGAAAACAGAAAGAGUAGGUGACGUUUGGAAUAAAUGAGGUAAGCUGCUGCACCGGCAGCGAUCGACUUAUUAUUGAAGGGGAAAAAAAGCGAUCUUUGUAAACCAUGUUGAAAUCAUGAAGCUUGGGAAACUUAGUACCAAACUUUGACUCAACAAGUGGAGAUUUAGUUGUUAUUAAGAACAAGACAUCGAAUCGAUAUGAUAAAGCACAGGCGAAAGGUCAAGUCGGUUGGCUGUCUAUUCCCAGUGGGGAUGUGCGAGAUUUUGGAAAGGACAACACAAAAUUAAAGUCGUCUCCAAAUAAUUUACCCUAAACUUUUGGAGCUAAUUUAAGAAACAACAUCCUUAAAAAUCAAUUUCUCCAAAUUUCCUUUACUACUCGAUCAUAAUCGAUCUGACUGACUAUUCAUUAUCGUCAUCAUCGUACUACAAAUCGAUCUCAAAAUCUGUUUGGCGUUGACCUGCUGGUUGACCGCCUUGAACGGCGCCGUCUUUCAGGUGACCAGGAAAGUUCGCUGAGGGAAAGAUGUUUAUCAUAUCCAAAGCAUAAAAAAGAUAGCUUCGAAUAGACUUGAAAUCGGCGCAUGUUUGAAACAAACCAAAAUAGAUAUAAAAUUGCCUUACCGUUGAUCGCGACUUCUUUUUUUCUCUUUCUUGCUUUUACCCACUAUCACCCUUACAAAAGUCGACCAGACACGACCUCGACAAAGAUAACUACCAAGCAGGCUGACCACAAAACAACUUCCACGCGAAUCAAACGUCAAAUGCUACCAUAACAGGACAUUCGACAGAAAACCUGUCAAGCUGUCAAGCUGUGAAGUUGUCCUAUAACUCGAAACACUUCCGGUCGGAAGUUUCGCCGGGAGACCUUUUGCGUCUGCAGAAAUUUUUUUUGGGAUCACUUUCUGAAGGAGCUUAGACACCGGGCUCAAUCAGGUAACCAAGCCUUCUGAUGAUUUGUUAACAAUUCUAUACUCACCUCCCCCGACUGGUUGAAGUGCGAUUGGAUGGGGACAGGGAAGGGAACAUUUUUGUUACUUGCGCGAGAAAAAACAAAUGAGAAGUUAUCUAUUUACCCUAUUUUUUUUUUAAUUUUCGCGUGAAAGAAUAUUACCUUAUCUCGCUGCGCUCCGUUCAAAUACGAAUCUUCUGCCUUUGGCUAAAAUACGCUUUCUUCGUGAAUUCUAAACUCUACUCACGGUCAAAUGGAACCGAAGGGAAUUUCAAACCUAGAAAAUACUUGCUUCUGAAUAGUGUCUUAGCUCUGCUCUCGGUGACGUUUUUCCGAAGGACUCGCUAGAUUGCAGAACAAUCGCAAGAAGUGCACCUCGUCGAGUACAGGUCUUGAAAAUGUAUUCAAUGUUAAAAGAAAUCCUAGCAGGCAAACAAAAUUAACCUUUCGGUGAACUACGUAAUUGAACCAAGUACUUUUUUUAACGGACCACAAAUUCGUCGUAAGUGGGUGAUCCGCUUAUUUAUUCUUGACAUUAAGCUUAUUUCGACUUAAUAAAGCAAUUGGUAUCAAUCAUAUGAAAAUACGUAUUUGACAACUUGAUAAUCUUGUUAGAACGUCAUAGGAAGUUGUACCUUCAAAGAAGCUACGUGUAAAAUCUGUAAGGCCUUUUCACUGUUUAUAGCGGUAAAUUUAUAUUCACCGUGGAAGCUUUGCACGUCUUAGUUAUUUGCUUGAUUAUUUUUUGACGCCGUUGUGUUGAGCAUCCAUCUGAAGUGUGCGUGACUGAGUGUUCAGGGUGCAAAGAGUGAAAACGGUACGCAAACCUAAUAAUUUCGACCCCUCCACCCCUCCCUGCUCCACCCUCUACAAAAAUGAGUAGUUUCUGGACCAUAUUGACUUGAAAUUUUACACUUGGUAAUUCCUAAAUUGACUGAUGCCUCACACAAGAGAAAAUUAUUUUCAUAUCAUAUCUGUGCACCACUGAGGCCUUUCAUUAACAAAAGGGCUAUUCUGGUAUGUUCCAAUAAUGGCUCUGGGUCAGAUGCGUUUGCAACAAAGGAUGGAAAAAAUGAAUUAUUAUUAUAAUUAUUAACAUUAUUAUCAUUGUUAUUAUUGUGUUACAUACUCUUAACCAAAUUUGAAACUUUACCACUCCCCUCCCCCAAAGCAGCUGCAUGUAAACAAUAUAGGGCCUUUUUUAAAGUCCUCACAGUUUAAUGCCUCAAGACUUGCUGGUUUGGCAGUCAGUGGAAAAGUAAUGAAAGAAAUACAUUCAGUUGGAUUUAAAUGAUUAUAAUUAAGAUUUAAAUAUCAAUUCCAACUGAGCAAUGACUCACGAUACAGAAAACAAGACAUUGAUUGCAUCAUAUUAGGUGGCUUGAUCCAAAUGAGCCAAGAAAGCUUUUUUUUUGUUUUGUUUUGUACCUAAUCAUAAAAAAGCCCCAUAUUCUGUAAUUAUAAGUCAUAAAGUGAAAUUCAGUACUCUAACUAUAUUCAAUAGACCUUACUGCAUUUUUCAACACCACCUUAAUGGGUUGGUGGGUAGGCAUGACCUUGCAGUAUUUGUACGAGAAUCCAAUGUCAAAUAAUCUUUGUGAAUUAUAUUAGGUGGCUUGAUGCAAAUAAGCCAAGAAAGCAUUUUUUUUUGUUUGGUACCUAAUCAUAAAAAGCCCCAUAUUCUGUAGUAGUAAGUCAUGGAGUGAAAUUCAGUACUCUAACUAUAUUCAAUAGACCUUACUGCAGUUUUCAACACCACCUUGAUGGGUUGGUGGGCAGGCUUGACCUUGCAGUAUUUGUAUAAGAAUUCAAUGUCAAAUAAUUUUCGUGAAAAAUUCUGUUAUGAUAAAAAUAUCAGAAAUAUGGCAAACGUAAGCAACAGUUGUAAACGUUACAGGAAAAGGAUUCUUCUGUAAAAGAAUUUUCUUCUUGCAGACUAAAAUUUCCUGAAAAAAAAACAGACAAUGCAAGGGAAAAUCUAUCACAAACAACAAGGCAAAUUAAAGGACAGGUACAGCCAUAGCCACUAUGAAGUAAGCAUCCCUACCACUCCCAAAAUGCAUUAUCAGUUGCCUCAGAUGUCCAGGCAGUCCAGGCAGUCUAGGGAACAAUUUAAACAUUGACUCAGUUUGGUGUAAUCAGAUUAAUUGUUGCUAAGUGCAUUAUUUCACGACAACGUACUUCAACAAGUUAGGUAAACGUAUAGUAUAUACCACAAAAGCAAAUUAUUUCUGGUGUUAUCGCUAAUUGAGAUAUCAGAUCAAGAAAGUAUAAGGUUAUUAAUAAAGAGUUAAAUUUUAGCUGUAAGCUUUUCGAGUUAUUGAUUUGACAAUUUACUGUAAGUUGUAAAAUUACAAAAGGAAACACUAAAUUUAGGUUGUAAAACACUAAGAAACUUACUUACUUACCUUUCAGUCUCAAAAAGUUUUCCUCUUUACUGCGUUAAAAAUUUGAGCUUGUGUUUACUACUCGCCGAAGUUCCUUGAAUUCUCUAGUGUGACAAAAAAGGUCACGCAAGCAAGAAAAGGCUUGGGCACAAAUUCAGUAGGCUUGGCUACUGAGUGGAGCCUGGUUUCUAAGCUCCUUCAGAAAGUGAUCCCAAAAAAAAAAUUUCUGCUUUCCGUCUCUUGUAGUUUUAUUUUGCACAUCAUUGAUUUCACUUUAAAAAAAAGCUUGUGAAGAUAUAUCAGAAAAUACAUAACCAAGACAAUCGAAUUAAAAAACGGUAUUUAUUAUUCCAUUGGCAUGACUACGUUAUUUAUUAUUUCGAGGUUUCCAAACCCAAUUAUUCAUUGUUUACUUUGAACUUACACCCGUUAUCAUUAUUGAUUAUUCAGCUUCCACCCCCGAUCAUCGAUCAAUGUGUCCACGACGGUAGUUUUGCAUGAAUGGCAUGGGUAUUGUAUCGAUAACAUUUAUUCUAAAAGGCACCCCAAGUUCACAAAUUUUGUGAACUGCUCGAUAAUGAGAGAUUAUUACACACUCAAAUUUAAUAGUUUCAUUCUCUCUAUAGAAUUGCGUUCUUAAGUUUAUCAGUAGGAAGUGUACUGCAAAAGUUUGUUAUUUGUAAAUUUAAGUCUAGAUUUUGCGACAUUCGUCGUAUUCUCCUUGCAAACCUUUUUCUUACUCUUUGGAAUAAUAUAUGUGAUUUCCACCAAAUCUUCCAUCCCUCCCUGCGUACAAAUAGUUAGUCUUUCACCCCUCCCUCAGUAACAACAGUCUGCCUUGACCCCUCCCUAAGUAUUGAUAGACUGCAUCCCACCCCUCCCUAAGUAAAAAUGGUCUACUACCUUCCGAUAAAAUGGUCCAAGAAAAAAGUGGUUUAAAAAUCAGUUUAAAAAAUAAGGUCCAUAAAAUGGUUAAAAAAAUGGUCUAAAAAAAUAGUCCAAAAAGUAGGCCAAUGGUCUAAGCGUCCAACGGUCCAGUUCAUAUUUUAUCGUAUGGUGCCCUCUCUGAGGUUAUCAGCUACUGCGCUCAGAAAAUGUAUGACAUAGUGCUUAAGACACGAAACCAAGUUCGUUUAAUGCCUAAUAAAGAGAUAUUCCAUAUAUAAUUACUGACCCUCAUAAAAUCCUAUUGUUCUCUCUCAGCAUUAUAUCGGCGAUUUCAGUUGCAUUGUUGGUGUACCAAAACAUCAAUAUGAAGGGGCGACUGAAAUCGUCGAUGUAAUGCAGAGAGAGAACAAUAGGAUUUUAUGAGGGUCAAUAAUUAUAAUAGUUAAUUACUGAGGUUCGCAGCAUUAUUGGGUAUAAUGCUGCGAACCUCAGUAAUUAUCUAUUAACGAACGUCGUAACAGAUCCGCACUUCGUAACCGAUUCAACCGUUUGUAGACACUAAGUGGGACAAGUCUAAACGUAGAACUAGUUUAGCAAAGUAUAACAGGCUCCUGCAUGGACAAAUGUAAUCGUUUUUAAAAGGGACUAGCAUCUAAGUUCACCUGAAUCAAGCAUCACGGUCAUGAGAACAGAGGAAAUACAUACCAAAUAAAGAACUUCUGGAUUGUUCAACGAAUUCUCCAUGUCGCCAUCAUAGUAAUCGUAUGGAGAAUAUGCAUACUGAUGUUAAAAUAUAAAUGGUUAAUAUUUUUUUUGCAUGUGUAAUGUACAGACUUUGAAAGCGGUGUGGAAACGCAAAAUGUGGAUCACCACCAAAGACAGAAAAGAAAUGCUGCUCUAAGUCCAACGGCAGUAACUGUAACUUUACAAAAAAUCCGCCAAGAAAUAAAUAACAAGUUCAGUGAAGUUUGUAAAUCCUCAGACAGAAUAUGCCAGGCAGGACCCCCGGGACCGCCAGGAGCCCUUGGGUAUCCCGGAUAUAAGGGAGAAAAAGGGGCCUCUGGAAAGGAAGGACCACCAGGCCCAUCGGGGCCAAUUGGGACUCCAGGCGUGGGUGGCAAAAGGGGACCUGUGGGACCUCCAGGAGUAAAGGGUGAAAAAGGGGACAAAGGGUCCGUUGGAGCUCCUGGAAUUAGAGGAAAGACUGGAACGAAGGGUCCUCAAGGACAAAAAGGAUCUCUUGGCUUAAAAGGGAACAAAGGCAUCAGAGGAUUGGUUGGUAUUCAGGGACCAAAGGGAGAAUGUGUUGUUCCACCGAAGAUCAUUGUGUAUCCAGUAUCUCAUGAAGUCUUUAUCAAUGAGACAGCAAUAUUCUUCUGUUGGGUUCAAGGCCAGACGUCUUCCAAAAUAACAUGGCGUAAGCUUGGAGGUACUCCAUCUGAUGCUACCGUGGAAAAUGGUGCGCUUCGAAUCAACAGCGUACAGAGGUUACAUGUGGGGUCGUAUAUGUGUUCAGCUAAUACUGGUCUCGGAAGUCUAAGGGGUUUUAGCACUUUAAAAGUAAAAGGUAUGAAUAUCAGCCCCUCAUCUUUCUGAUUUUUUAUGAUGUGUAUCUCUAACAACAUUGUAGACAGCCACUUGUCAAUGAAAUACACAUUUUUGUCUUUCCACAGUGAGCCGGCGACAUUGAGCGUGUUUAAAUAGCAAUUUUAAUGCCUAUUACGUUGGGGGAAUUUAUGUCAGCUUGAUAAUGUUAAAAAAAGUAUGAGAGGUUUUAGUUGCAUGUUCUUGCUAUUUUAAACGCUAAAAAUUUUCUCCAAUGCUGACAGCUUCUAUUGAUCACAUGAUGUUGUUUAUUACAUGUCGGUUUUUUAAUCGAUUUUAUUCCACCUUCAGAGCCACCAACAUUUGUCAAGAAACUACCAUCUUUAGUCAUCGUAGAUGAAGGCUCCGUUUUAAGUCUCUGUUGUGACGCUGUGGGCUCUCCGCCUCCCAAAGUCGAAUGGUCACGCGCUGGUAACGUGCACUCCGCUGAUACAUCAUUGGCUUUCCAGGAACGAGGCUGCCUCGAAUUCAACACUGUUGAGUUCAACAGUCACGGGAAAUAUGUCUGCCGCGCAAGAAAUCGCAUCGGACUGGCAGAAACAACAACGUCAGUAGUUGUCAAAGUAAAAGGUGCUUUUUGAUCAAUAAUAUGAUUUUCUAUUAUUCCAGCUACCAUACAAUAAUUUCAUUCUAGUCUGAGAGACCAAUUCUGUCAUGACAGUAACACCAGUAGCGCACUUAAAUUGAUCUCAACCGUCCAGAAUUUCAAACAUAGAAAAAACUAUUGCAUGGCUAAGCAUCUCGAAGAAUUUUUUUGAAAAAAUCAAAGAUUUAUAAGUGCGGCGUUAAAACUGAGCGGGGACAAGUUUGUGACGAUAUCUUGCCCUCGAGACUCAAAGUAAUACUUAUGAUAAAUAGGUGGGUCAAUAGCACCAGUAAACAAACAAACAAACUACAUGCCCUAACUCCUGGCCUAUCCCAUGAGUAACUAGCCACUAUCUUCGUCUAAAUCGUCGAAAUGUGAAAAAUACUAAGUUGGAAACAUGUUUCUUGAUAUCGCUCAGAUUCCGGCCAGGGGUUAUCUCAUUACUAGUACCCAGACCACAGUAUACAAAAAUGGGCAUCCAAUAAUUAUUCACUGUUGGUGUGAUUUAGGUUUUUCCUUAGUUUAGUUCUGUUCUGCGUGCUGUCUUGUUCUUACGUGUUCUUACGCCUCUUGUUCUAGACUCAGAACCACAACAAUAUCAUUCGUAACUAUUUCCUUCAUUUUUUAUGCAGUAUUCAUACCUGUUUUUUAUCAAUUUUCAGUUAAUUCUUGUGAAGAAGUUUUAAAGAAAAAUAUGGAGAAACGUCCCGCAAGCUUCGAGCUUUUAGCGGCCAAUUUGCGAUACAAUGUAAGUGUAGACCCCUCGUUUCUCUUCCAGAAUAAAUAUGAAUCGUUGCUUUAUAUUAGUUACUAUCUCCUAGAGAAAACAAUUUUUGUUGCUUUUUCUUUUCUUGGUUUGUUUGUUUGUUUGUUUUUUUGCUUUUGUUUUGUUUUCUUUCUCGCUGUUGUUGAUUUUUUUCUGUUUGUGCUCUUCUCUUUUUCCCUCUACGGACGGGAGGUCUUUUUUUGCGAAAUUAAGUGUUAAGUGUAGUUCGACUUUUCUUUCAGCCUUACUGACAGUCUAAACUCCAAUAGAAAAGCUUUAAUAGUCGCACAACUCAACGACUCCAUAUAUUAUAAAAUAUUUUUCCGUCGAGAACAUUUCGCGGGAUGCUAUCAAAUCCUCGCCAACGUAUAACCAAAAUGAUCACUGCCCUCCUUUGGUUUUUAUCUAUUUGUAAUGUACUUUUAGGUUUAUUGUGAUAUCACAGCAAGUCCUGAAGGAUGGACUCUUAUCGCUCGAUUCUCAAACAGCGAUGGCAAGAAUUGGAUGCGUGACGAUGGUAGAUGGUGGUUUGACCAACAAGCUGCCAAUGGAACAACAAAUGACCCAUCAGUGAACGCUGAUAUGAUAUCACCUGCCUUUUGGUUGGUCAGAGGAAGCGAAUUUAAGAUCACCCGCAGUGACGACCCCAGCCACACCCCUCUGUUACAAACCACAGGUGACUGUUUGGGUGGACAAACAUUCCGAUCUAAAAUCACAAGUUAUGGCGACUUUAGAAAUGGCACGGUCUGGGCCAACGAUCAGUGUCUGGGUAGUUGUACGGUUCAAUAUGGCGGACAGUACAAGUCAACAGACGGGUUUCAACAGGCUGAGUGCGGUGGAGACAUCCAAAGUGCUAACAAGAUUGGCUUCUGGUGUGACUGGAUGAGUACUGGGGAUGGAGCAGUGAUGAUGAUUGGUGGAGGGGGAAGUAGCUGA